ACAAGCAAUCGCGGAAGAAGACCUAGUUCCAGAAAGUGCAGGAGUCCCUUCGGAAGAUCUCCGGUCGAGAUUCGAAAAAUGGAAAUAAAGAAAGGAGCGAUUCGUUCCCCGCAAAAAAUAGAAUAUCAUUGGGACGGCGCAACGCCUCGAAGAAACAUUUCCCGCACGAUAAUCACGUGGGUGACCGCUAUCAGCAUUUGGCUGAUAAGGAAAUUGCGGCAUUUCGUAAAUGUCGUAAGUUUCUCGAUAUUUGUGCAAAAUGAAGAUUCUCGCUUCCUCGCUGCCAGCGCAAUGUCGGAGAAAAUGACGCCUCCCGAAAAUUUUGUUCAGAUGCAAACGACCACCGAAGCCACUCUUAACGCCCUGACAGCCGAGAUGAACGUCUUUCGUGAAGCUAGUAAAAAAAUUACGGAAGAUAAUAUGAAAUUGAUGCAGGAAAUGAAAAAAUUACGUAAAACGUUGGAGGAA